CUCCGCCGGUACUUCGCAAUACUUCAAGUUGUGAGUUGUCUAGAAAAAAUGCCCCAGCCGCAAUCUAUAUGCAGUGCCGCCCGCACAUGAUGGUUCAGGUGGAUUCUGCAUUCAUUUAUGCAAAUGACACUGUUCCCUGUGUGACGAGAAACAAACAUUGUACAUUCGAUAUCCUAAGUAUUGCAAACACGACAUGCGCUUCAAAAAAGGUCUGUAGGGUGGAAACUGGUCCCAUUUCCAAGAAGAACAAGGGGUUGUGUUGUCGUGAUUUAACCUGUCAUAGCGUGACAUAUCAUUGUGUUCCAG